AUGCAGCUCACUAACACCCUCUUCGCUGUCAUGGCUGCUGCCCUUCUCGUGACGGCAGCUCCGGCCUCUGAAUCUGUUGAACGUGACCUGCAAGCUCGAGGGUGCCCCGAUGGAUUCGACACCUGCGGUGAAUGCAAUGGCACAUCAUGCAAAAUUGCUGGCAUCAACUUUGAUUGUGAUUUCGGGAAGUGCACGGAGCAAAGCGGUGGUGGUGAUGGCGAGAUCUGCGGUUAUAGGAAUGAUGAUAACCAGAAUGGUCUGUGGUGCCCUGGCGGUCAUUGA